AUGAAGCACUUAUUUUCAUUGCUGGCUAUUUAUUUAUGCAGUGUUUUUGGUACCAGCAGCGGGUCUACCAGUGCUGAAGACGAGGCGAUGGCCGCGCACAAGACCAUCUACGAGUUCACCGUCAAAGAUUCAGAGGGCCGAGACGUUUCGCUUGAAAAGUAUAGGGGCCAAGUCCUGAUCAUUGUCAACGUCGCGUCAAAGUGCGGCUUCACCAGCUCAAACUACAAGCAGUUGAAGCAACUCUCCGACAAGUACCACGACCUCGGGCUGCGCGUCGCCGCCUUCCCUUGUAACCAGUUUGGAGGCCAGGAGCCGGGCUGCGAGCUCGACGUCCGAAACUUUGUAAAGGACAACUACGACUACGAGCCCGACCUGUACGCAAAGAUCAACGUCAAUGGCGCCCAGGCCGAGCCGUUGUACACCUUCUUGAAAAAGGAGCAGGGCGGGACCCUGAUUGACGCGAUCAAGUGGAACUUCACCAAAUUCCUCAUCAACCGCAAGGGGCAGGUCGUCAAGCGGUACGCGCCCACCACCGAGCCCGCCAAGAUGGAGGCCGACAUCGAGCGGUAUUUGGAGGAGCAGGAU